AAACGAAAUUGACGCCUUCCGCACCGGCCGCCAUGGCAUCAUUUGCGAUUGAAAAUGGCAGGAGAGAACGUAAGUUUCACCUAGAACUUCUUUUUUUUCUGUUUAAUCCUGUCUUAAUUUUAUCUAGGAACAUGCCUAAUGUUGUGAAAUGUUCUGUUCAUGGAUGUCCAAACACCAAUAAGACGCAUCCCCUCCACAAGUUUCCUCAAAACGACACAGACAGGUGUUUGAAAUGGGUUCGACUGUCUGGAAAUCCGAAGCUUCUCAAUGUUCCAUUGAAGGAUAUGCACAAGAAGAAAAUAUGCAAAGAUCAUUUCUCCCGUAGAAUGUUUUGGAACAACACCCUGAAAACCCUGAAUAGGGAUGCAGAGCCUGACAUCCUCCGUAAUGUGACACCCCUCACUACAGACCAGCUGAGUGUUGCGAGGCUUACUGAAGUGGUUCCUACUCAAGCUGACGUGGGAUCUGCGGGCACUGAAGUACCACUUCCCAGUGUACCAAUUGAUUUUGCUGCAGAAGAGCCUAUUACUGUGCAUGUUGAGGUGGAGACAGAUUCAAUUCAGGCUACAAUGGGGCCUGUCUGCAUUGAAGCACCUCUUCCCAGUGUACCACUUGACGUUGCUGCAGAAGAACCUGUUACUGUCCGUGUUGAGACAGACUCGGAGAAAGGAGAAAAUCAGCCUUCAAAGAAUGCAGCCCAAGAAGAAAAUCCACCUUCAAAGUCAUCACAGAGCAAGAAUGUAGCUGCAAUAGCACAGAAGAUAUCUCAGCAACGAGUUUCAAAACUGUCAGUCCUGAAAGAAGCUGGUGUCGAGAAGGAUGGCUUGUCUGAUGACGCCUCUAAAUUACUAAGAGUCGCUCACAUGUAUAAAUCCAGGUUGGCAAGGUCCGAGAAGAAAUUGAAAGAAGCUAAUAGUCGAUUGGUAGACUUAGAGAAGCCAGAAAGUCAUGCAAGAGUCCUCUCAGACAAAAUCUCGCCUGCACUUAAUGUUUUGCUUAAAGGAGAACUAUUAAAUGGGUCACGAGACCCCCGUGGUCGUGAUUGGUGUGAAGAGUCUAAAUGCUUGAGCCUUGUCAUAAAAUCAUGUUCUCGUAAAACAUAUUCCCUUCUGGAGAAAAUGUUUGUUUUGCCAAGUUCACGUACCAUUCAGAAUGUUCUUUCCAAGAUACCUUUAGAGCCCGGAAUUAAUGAAGGUUUCUUUGGUCAUCUAGCAAGACAAGUGGAGACAAUGACACCAAAAGAAAAGUUUGUGUCCUUGAAUUGGGAUGAAUUCAGGGGUCAAGGUGGUCUGUUUUUCAAUGAGAAAAAAGGCAUAAUCAUUGGCUUCGAAAAUUUUGGUCCAUUUGGAAACUCAAAUUUGCCAGCUGAUGAGUACCUUAUAUUUUUAAUCCGAAGCCUUGAUCCCAAUUCCAAUUGGAAAAUGCCGUUGGCAAUUUUCUUUUCACUAUCCAUGUGUCCCGGAGAAAUUUUGAAGAAAAUGAUAGUGUUGAUUAUCACUAAGUUGCAGAACAUUGGCUUGAGGGUUGCAGCAGCAGUGUGCGACCAGGGCCCUGCAAAUCAGAAAGCAAUGCGGUUGUUGCAUGAAGAGGCUGCAAAGAAGACUGGAAGAGUGGAAGAACCUGAAAUUAUUGUCAAUGGGCAGACCAUUGUCACCUUCUGGGAUAAUCCUCAUGUCUUCAAGAAUAUCAUUAAUAAUUGGCGUCUUGAUAUUCACAACUGUAUUGAGUAUGGGCCUCAAUGCAAGAGAGCAUAUUAUCAGCAUAUAAUUGAUUAUUACGAAUAUGACAAGAAAAACUUCAAAGUUGGGCUUCUGACUCAUGAGCAGGUUUAUCCUGAGGGUAAACAAAAAAUGAAAGUGAAGCAUUGUACUCAAGUGGCAGGAGCCACUGUGGCCAAUAAGUCAUACAAUCAACUGUCCUCCCAUAAUGGGGGCAAUCCUAUUCUGCCAGGUGCAGAUGACACAGCCAACUUUAUGCUCAAAGUGGAUUAUUUGUUUGACAUAACCAAUGGUUCAGCUCCCGGAGACAAACCAAAACCAGAACAACGUGCCCUUGUCACUGAAACGUCUUUCCACCUCGAGGCUUGGAAGGAAAUGCGAAAAGAGGUGGCCACCUGGGCGUACAUUGAUAAAGAGGGCAAAAGAGUGAUCAUUCCUUGUUUGAAAGCGUGUCAAGAUAAUCUCUUAGCAGACCCUGCUUUGUGGAGACUCCUCGUGAAGGAAGGCCAAUACACAAGUUUGAACCUCCGCCAUGUUACCCAAGAUUGUUUGGAAAAUUUCAUCUCUCAAAUGAGAGCAACUUUGGGGCCCAACACUCAUCCUACUUGUUAUCAAGUCAUGAAUGCUUUUCGAACUCAGCUGAUCAACAAGCAUGUCAACUUCUCGCUCCAGAAAGGCAAACAUUGCCAGGAUGAUGGAGCUCAAAUGCUGACAGACAUGCAACGUCUCAUAAACAACAAGAAGACCCUCUCAUCGGAUAAGGAUGAGAGUUCCCAGUGGAUGCAGGACAACCAACAGACUCAGCCAAGUCCCUCUUCCAACCUCACCAAAUUAGAGGACCAGCUCUGCUUUUUAUUGGCCAUGCUACCACCUAUCUCACCACUGAAGAGAGAAGCAGAGGAAAAUAAUCAAGAAAUAUAA